AUGCUUUCGCAUAAUUUUCGUCGUGGUUUGUUAAACCUGCGCCGGCGAGGACCACCGCGGGCCCUGUCGACGAGACCAUUGCCGAGCCAAGACCAUGAAUACACGGCCCAACCGGAGUACCCAGCCAUUCAGGAUCCAUCGUUUAAGGCGAAAAAAACGCGUGAACGAGGAUCAUGGCACCAGCGGGUCGAGCGGUUGAGUUCCGUCGAAGAGAAGCUGUUCGAAAUCAACAUGCCAAAGUACUACGGCUACAAGGCCAACAUACUGACCGACGAACGAUACCCGUACAACAUUAAACCCUUCGUGCAGUACGCAACCAGGACGUGCUUCCAGCAGGGUCUGCCCGCGUGCUACGAUCCGCUGAAGGAGGAAGCGACCCAGGUUCUCGAAUCCAUUCGAGGCGAGCUUGAGGACACGAUCGCAUUUGAGCUGUCUAACUACACGCAUUUUGGAACUACCAACGUUAGUCCGCAGGAGAAAGAGGAAGCCCUUGUCCGGGCACUGCUAGCGCAGCUGAACCGAACGCUCACGAAUGCGGUGGCCGCCAAGUGCCCGCAUCUGAGCGAAACCGAAACCGAUUUCGAUCCUCGGCACGAAGCAUUCUGGUUCCUGGGUGGCAUUUACCCGCCGAAGUUGGUGCGCAAGAUAAAGGAAGGCCAGGAAUGGCAAAAACCAUACGCCAACGAUCCCUACGAUCGUAACAUGCAGUACAUAGGCAAGCCGUACCUGGCAUUGAGACACAAACACUUGCUUGAUCCGCUGGUACCCGACACGGUGCUGGACACGCUCGACAUCACGCAGGACAACGUGGAGGUUCCCGAUUUUCGGUACGAUCCGCUUGCAUUGGGCUACAUGACGGAGUUUCGCCAUGCGACGACGGUGCCGGGCUUUUGGCCAGGCGAUCAGCACGAGUUCGGUUUGCUGUCGUUCCAGCGGCGAAGUCACACGAUCGACCGGCACCGUAUUUGUGCGCUCAACGACUUAGAGGACACCCUGCACGCGCAAGGCAUUCUGUCGAGCUUUGCGUGGCUUCUGGCGCAGGCCUGUUACCAGGGGUUCUCGGUGUUCCACGACCUGACCUACCCGCUCACCACGCAGACGGUUAUAACGAACGGAAAACAGUGGUCAUUCUACGCUUACCAACUGAACACCACGUUACUGCACUCGGACCAGGUAGACGUGAACAAACGGUACAACCUUUGCUGGGGAACCCCGGAACUGCAGCUGUACGACUCGGUGGACGACGGUGGCAAGAUAAACGGAUUGCGGGACGAUGUUUUGCUGCAACUGAUCAUGUUCUACAUGAACCAACCGAGGCAGCGGCCAGACGAGCUGAAGCCAUAUCUUUGCCCGCGGGAACCACGCGUGGCCGAUAUAGUGGACGAGCGGCGGCGCGUAUUCAUGGAGCAGGCGUACAAACACGUGGCGUCCAAUCGACCCCGACACCGGCUCGUGCCCGAGGUGUACCAGUGGGAGAAGAUUUACAAAAUCGAUCACAAAACGCGACCCAUGGACCCGAAACGGCGCCCGUUCGAGCUGGGAGAGAACAUGUACAAGCGCCGGAUGGACGAGCACGCACUCAAGUACAUUCCCCGUGCGGUGCGUCCCGGCGGAACGAAAAGUAGACCGAAAUUUGAGGCAACCUACUACCCGAAUGUGCGGCGCUAGCCAACUUUGUAGCGUAGCAA